GAAGUGGCUCUCCGCCGUUCCGCAUCAUUGCGAGCAGAAGAACCAUGAGGAAGGUUUUCGCACUGCUCGCCUUCGCCGGCGCCGCGCUGCUCGCCGCGGCCGGCGGCGUCAGCGGGCAGCAGGGCGUGUCGACCAUCAUCACGCAGUCGAUGUUCGGGACCAUGCUCAGGCACCGCAGCGAGGGCAACUGCGAGGGCGCGUUCUACACCUACGACGCGUUCAUCAAGGCCGCGAACAACUACCCCGACUUCGGCACCACCGGCGACGACCAGACCCGCAGGCGGGAGCUCGCCGCCUUCUUUGGCCAAACCUCCCACGAAACCACCGGUGGAUGGGCAACUGCUCCGGGUGGACAGUAUGCCUGGGGAUACUGCCGGGUGAAAGAACAGACCCCAACGGACGCACCUUAUUACGGACGAGGACCUAUACAACUCACUCAUAAAUACAACUAUCAGCUAGCUGGGCAGGCGUUGAAGCUAGACCUGGUGAACAACCCGGACCUGGUGUCGAGCGACCCCGUGGUCGCCUUCAAGACGGCCAUCUGGUUCUGGAUGACGCCGCAGUCUCCGAAGCCGUCGUGCCACGCCGUGAUGACCAACGGCUGGACGCCCUCCGGCGACGACCGCAGCGCGGGGAGGCUCCCUGGGUACGGCAUGACCACCAACAUCAUCAACGGCGGGGAGGAGUGCGGCCAAGGCCAGCCAACCGACCGCACCAGGGAUCGAGAGGGGUACUACAACAGGUACUGCCAAAUGCUCGGAGUGGCACAAGGGGACAACGUGUCCUGCAAUAACCAGAAGCCUUACAGAGAUCCGGGGGCUAAUAAUUAAUGAACGGGAGUAAUGAACCAGCAGCUGAUCGUGGUUGCUACAUGACUACGCGUGCUAGCGUACGUAUAUACUACUAUAUUUGCCUUUGACGAUGUAUGCGUGACGCAAUAACUAGUAAGAAUAAAGCUAGCAAACAGGGCAACCUUCGAGUGUA